AUAUGUGUCAAAUGACAUAAGCCCUAGACCCUAGAGUUUGGGGGAACAGGUAAGGCUAGCCAUGGACCCGAUCCAAUUAGUAUGGGAAAACGAACACCAAAGUCGUAACUACCAGACAGCUCUAAAAACAUCGGGGGAGACCGAGAAGAUGACCGCCUGAACCCUUCCUCACCAUUAAUAUAGAGAUUGUAAAAUCCAAAUUGCAAAGUUCCCUACUUCCCUCUAUCGCUCUCUCAUCUUUCUUCGCCGAACACUCACAUGUAUGUAUGUGUUCUGAUCUUUUUUGAUAAACCUUGAAACUAGGUCACCAUUUCUUCUUCUGUAUCCUUGUCUAUCACUUCCUCUGCAAGUAAAAAUAAAAUUGGAAGAGAUUAGAUUGUCAAAGUGAAGUCACAGCUAUAGACGCAUUGACGCGCUCUCUCUCCCCGUUGUUUUUGCCCUAAAAAGAGGUGCUAAUGUCGUGGUUGAGAUCCGCGGUGAGCAAAGCCGUCGAGGUCGGCGGCAAGAACAACCUCACUCGCACCGUCAGGAGCUAUGCCGAUUCCGUUGUCCAACAUGCCGGUCAAGCUGUUGCUGAGGGCGCUAAGAUUCUUCAAGAUCACAUUGGCGUAAGGAAUUUCAAGAGCCUUAGUCAUACUAUGAAGAGAUUGGAAGAAGUUUCUGUUUCUUGCAGGGGACUAGAAAGAAUUUACUUAUUGAGAAGAUGGUUAGUUGCAUUGAAAGAGUGUGAUGGACAAUAUGGAGACUCUCAUAAUGAUAAGGAAAAAGUUCUUGAGCAACAUCUGGAUUCGGAUGAACCCAAAGAUUCUGCAAGAAGUCCUUUGGUUAUGUAUUAUGAUUCUGAUUUGGGAGGUGAACCUCUGAACUUCCGUGAUGUAUUCCUUCAUAGUCAUGCUCUUGAAGGCAUAACGUUGUCUAUGAUUCUUGAAGCACCAGAUGAGGAAGAGGUUUCUCUACUUCUGGAGAUAUUUAGCCUGUGCCUCACUGGAGGAAAGGAAGUUCACAAUGCGAUAGUGAGCAGCAUACAGGAUUUAGCAAAAGUUUUCUCAGGCUACCAAGAUGAAGUAUUG